AUCACUUAUAUCUCAUGAUCCUUCACAGUAUACCCUCGCUGCCUCGCCUAUUACUGCUCGAGCUGGCAUGGUGAACAUCACAUCAUUGACUGUGCGAUGGCGUGCUACGUGAUAGUGGGGUUUUAUCGGUGUAAACUGUACGCCACUGGCUGCGCUCAAGCUGAAAGACUUUGAGGCGUAUUGAGCAGCAAUACGAAAUCAGUUGUUUCCGCAUAAAACCCAACCAUGGCACCUACAAUCCGUCUCGUGGUGCUCUCACACCUCGCUCUCUUAUAACAACUUUGCUACGAGCGUAUCACUAUCUUCCGUAGGGACCUCUUCAUGGCUGAACUGAGCGAAAAAGAGGCUGCGGCCUCUGGCACCAAGCCUAUCAAGACCCCUGAUGACCAUAUCCCGGGAUUACCAAGAGCGAUCGAAAACAAAGUAGGUGCCGAUGCGGCACUGGAGAUGCUCAGGGAAACUGGCGGCUUGACCCAGCCUUUGGAUCCAGAGCGCAACAGACGUCUUCUCCGUCGCAUUGACUUUCAUAUUAUGCCGCUGAUCUGCACUGUGUAUUUUCUGCAGUAUAUCGACAAGACAGCAAUAUCGUAUGCCAGUGUGACAGGCCUCCAACAAUCCACUGGACUGGUCGGAAACCAGUUCAACUGGGUUGCGUCGAUCUUCUUUUUCGGACAACUGCUGUUUGAGUUUCCCACGAUCAGACUGAUGCAGAUGUUCCCUCUGGCUAAGUACGUAUCCGUCAAUGUGACUCUAUGGGGUACAGUUCUGGCGUGUAUGGCGGCAUGCAAGAGCUAUGGAGGCCUUCUGGCGUGCCGCUUCUUUCUCGGCAUGCUUGAGGCUGCAAUCGUGCCUGCUUGGGUUCUUUUUACAUCACAGUGGUAUAGCAAGGAGGAGCAGGUCUUCCGUGUAGGAAUAUGGUUCUCGGUAUGCGGUGCAGCACAGAUGUUCGGCGGCUUCUUCGCCUAUGGUGUGGCUAUUCAUGUUGGGGCGGACCCAAAUGCCGCGUUGAAGGGCUGGCAGGUGAUAUUCCUGUUCCUAGGACUCUUUACGGCUCUUAUUGGCAUUGCAUUUUGGUUCAUCAUGCCGGACUCACCCGCAGUAGCCGGGUUUUUGGACAAGGAACAGAAAGCUCUCCAUCUCGAGCGUAUCAGAGGCAACGAGCAAGGUAUCGGGUCGCAAACCUUCAAGUGGGCGCAUGUCCGGGAAGCACUUACGGAUACAAUGACCUGGCUCUAUGCUUUUUGGAUCUUCGCUGCCAACAUACCAAACUCGAUUGCAACCAGUUUUGGAAACAUCCUGGUCAAAGGUAUGGGUUAUGGCAGCGAAGAGUCUUUACUCCUUGUGACGCCCCUCGGUGCCUGGGAGAUUGUGGCACUUCUGGGCUUGACAUAUGGUGCAAUGAAAACAAGGCAACGCUUGUACUUUUGCAUUGCUGGUCAUAUUCCAGCCAUUAUCGGCGCAAUACUAAUGGCGACGACCGACCGCAUUCCCGCGCUUAUCGGCUAUUACACGAGCGGUAGUAUUCCAAUUGGCUGGACGACAAUACUCGGACUACAGAGUUCUAAUGUGGCGGGAUCAACGAAAAAGGUCACGGUCGCAGCCAUAGGGACGAUUGCUUACACAGUUGGGAAUAUCAUAUCACCGCAAACCUUCCAGAGUCGCGAUGCCCCGAGGUAUUUGCCCGCCAAGAUCUCUAUAUGUAUCAUUUACUUCUUGAUCACUAUUGACCUGCUCAUAAUGCGAUGGGUCUUGGACAAAAGAAACCGGAAACGAGACCAAGCGAAAGUGGCUUCGGGCGAUGCAUAUAAAACGGAAGAGAACCAUGAGUUUUUAGACUUGACUGACCUUGAGAAUAAGGAGUUCCGCUAUGAGUUGUAGCAUUCAGUUACAACCAAAUGUAUAGUGGGUUGUAAACAUCACUACAGUCACGUAAAUACUCAUAUUGCACACGACUUCCGAUCAGUCAUUUCGGUAAUUCCAGGAAUCUGGGUCUCUUAAAUAAAACCAAUCAGGAUGGAGGACAAGAGUACACCAACUGGCUAUGGUCGAAGACUGGGCUUACGUCCAAUCUUGCAGUGAACCACGAUCUUUCAAUACACGUUGUUUCCCACUGCUCAAUCCUCAUAAAUUUGGUUAUUUGUAAUGCUCGUGCGAAAGGAAUUUGAAUUUAUUGACUGUUGCACAAGAUAAACUUAGCGA